CCUUCACCAUCUCCAAGACAUGAGCUUUGGUUCGAUGGGAGCCUCUAGUUUGUCUUGGUCCCCAAGCCCAAUAAACUCCACUACCACCACCACCGCCACCGCCGCUGUUUCUUCUGAAUGGACCAUGAGGAACUUCUCGACGGACUUCGAUCGUCCAAUACAAUUCCAAAGCCACGAAGAAGAGCAGAAACAAGAUGUACAACCGGAAGGAGGAGGAGGAGGAGAAGAAGAAGGAGAAGAAAAAGCUCGCUAUGAAUGGGACUUCAAUCUCGUCACCGUCGUCUCUUCCAGCACAGUUGGAGCGAUAUCCGAUACUCUGGGCGUGAUCGAGUUCGAUCCUUCUGAUUACCUUUUAGCAACAGGAGGAAUCGCCAGAAAAAUCCGGGUUUAUAGUUUUGGUUCUUUGUUACCACAUGAAUCUAGCCACGAUACGCAGGACACCACCUACCUAGACCACACCCGUGCAUGUGACUACUACAUAUGCACCCCGGCGAAGCUCAGCAGUCUCCGGUGGAAGCCCAACACUGGAAGUCGUGUGUUGGGGUCGGGAGACUACGAUGGGGUUGUCACGGAGUAUGAUCUCGAGCGUCGGGUGCCCAUAUUCGAGCGUGACGAACACGGCGGGCGGCGCGUCUGGAGCGUAGAUUACUCACAUUGGGUCCCUGUCCUUGGGGCAUCGGGGUCCGACGACGGGAGCGUACAAAUGUGGGACACCCGUUGUGGUGGUGGAAUGUGCGUGUCUGCAGCACAACCAAGCGCAUCGCGAAGCUCCGUGUGUUGCGUGGAAUUUGACCCGAAUGGUGGGUCCUUGUUUGCCGUGGGGUGCGCAGAUCGGAGGGCGUACGCCUACGAUGUCCGGAAAAUGUCAGCUCCGGUCCUGGUUUUUCAUGGUCACCGAAGGACUGUGACUUAUGUACGUUUCCUCGAGGAGAGCAUGAUCGUUACGGCAGGAACCGACGGGUGCCUGAAGCUCUGGGACAUGGGUGAUGCCCGCGCAAUUCGCACGUACGAGGGUCAUCUGAACAGUCGGAGCUUUGUUGGGCUAUCGGUCUGGAGGAACGGGGGACUGCUUGGAUGCGGGUCGGAGAGCAACGAGGUGUUUGUGUAUGAUAAGAGGUGGCGUGAUCCCAUAUGGGUCCGGGGAUUUGGAUCCAUUUCUCAUGAUAAUGGGUUCGUCAGUAGCGUAUGCUGGAGGCAGGUCGGAGAGAAUGAAGCUACGCUUCUGGCCGGGGGACCUGACGGCGUCCUACAGGUUUUUGUGGGCAAAAGAAAGUCACCUUCGUUUGGUGGUUUCGCCCAUUCUCCUACAAUUUGAUUUCAGUUGCUUCCUUUUAAUUCCUUCUCAUCUUUCUUUUCUUUUUUUUUU